AUGGGGGAUAGCAAAACACCAGAGAUCCAGACCCUGCCAUGGGAAAACCCGCAGCAGACCAAGAAUCCAAAGAACUGGCCAUUUGCGAGAAGGAUUGCUCAUACACUCCCGCCAGUCCUCAAUGCGUUUGUGAUCGCAUUCGCCUCAGCCGUCGUGGAGCCCGUCAUUCCAGCUCUCAUUGACCAUUUCCACGUCUCCGAGACUAUCGCAACCCUCAGUUUAACACUGUAUACACUCGGCAUCGGUAUCGGCCCCGUCUUCCUCGCACCAUUGUCCGAAAUCCUUGGCAGGAAAUGGACGUUGGUCACGACACUCGCAUUUCUCCUCGCGUUCACGGCGGGGGCAGGUGCCGCGAACAACGUCGCUUCCUUCCUCGUCUGUCGGGCUCUCGCCGGGUUCCUGGGGUCUGCAGGUAUCGCCGUCGGCGGCGGAACCAUGACUGACAUCUGGGGAGUUGGAAAGGAAGGGAGUCUCACUUCUCUCGCCUUCAUCCUCACCUCCUUCCUAGGGCCAACCUUUGGGCCUAUCGUCGGCGUCUACGUUGUCGCUGACCGCGGCGGCGACUGGAGGUGGUCGAUGUGGAUUAUCCUUCUUCUCGGAGCGCCUGCGUUUAUUGCUCUGCUCUUCACAUCCGAGACGUACAAGGCCAAGAUCCUCAAUGAGCACAAGGGCGACCUGUCCCCCGUCGGAUUCGCCAAGAGCGUCGUGUCGUUCGCCUGCGUCCGCGUCACGAAAAUGCUCUUCACCGAGGUCAUCGUCUUCUCGUUAAUACUCUACAGCUCCUACGCCUACGCGAUGGUCUUUAGCUUCUUUGGCAGCUUUCCCUACGUAUUGGAGACGGUCUACGGAUUCAACCAAAAACACGCUCGUCUCGCCUUGCUCAGUCCUAUCAUCGGAUACUUCUGCGCGGCAAUUAUAUUCAUGGUCUUGCAUGCGACGGUGUAUAAACGCGCGACAAAGGUUGCAGGGGGCAUGGCUGCACCGGAGCAUCGAUUGUAUAUCGGGAUGGUGGGCAGUGUCUUUUUACCGGCUGGUCUGUUCUGGUAUGCUUGGGAGGCGCAUUCUGGUGGACACUGGGCUGCUCUCGUUGCGUCAGGGAUCUUUCUUGGGAUUGGGGCUUUUGCUAUUCUGUUGUCGUCGAUCAUAUACAUGGUCGACGUCUAUCGCUCGGGAAGUGUGGCAUCUGCCCUCGCAGCAAACGGUCUCGUCCGGUAUAUCUUCGAAGCCGUAUUCCCACUCUUCACAAUCCAGAUGUACCAGAAUCUGCACGUCCACUGGGCCAGCAGCGUAUUCGCGUUCCUGUCACUGGUUCAGCUCCCGAUCCCCUGGCUGCUGUUCAAAUUUGGGCCUAAGUUGCGAGAGAAGAGCAAUUUUUGA